AUGGAUCAAAUGGAAUCAAAGGUAGGUGAUACACAUGAUGACCAUGACAGCGAUUUGGAGUAUGAUCAACUUGUGGAUAACGUGUGGAAAAGAAAUGAAGAGUGCAAGAAGCGAAGCUUUAAACAGUUAGUGUCUAUGAUGUCCUCCCAGUGUGAAAGCGAUGCCGAGCUAUCUGAAGAGUUAAACAACCGCAAAAAUGCUGACCAAGUAAUCCAACCACCUCAACCACCAGUGACGGCUGGUAAUACCAAAUCUAGUGAAAUAGUUAUAUGCGACAGUGAAGAAGAGGAAAUUUUAGACCCAAACUAUCACCCUUCCCUGGACUCCGAAUCAGAGUGUAGCACUGGAAGCUUGUCAGAUAACUGCUCGUUGCAAGAAAGGGAUGACAUUUUAACUGAUUUCGUGGAAAACGUAGAUAAUCUCGAUUUUCUUCGUGUGGAACCAGAAUGGAAGAGCGUGGUUGAUGUUGUUUUUGAAAGAAAAAAGAACGCUGGUAAUACUGACUCCCAAAGCAAUCUUUCACAAGGUAAAGUGCCUAAGGAAGUUAUGAAUGAUGAUGAAUCAUCAGUAUACGAUAGCGAUGAUGAUGAUAAUGACGACUGUCUUGAAGAGAUGGAAGAUGAUGUCAGUUUUGAAGACAAUGAUAGUAGUGAUGACAGCCCACUGCUUAACGAGUUUCAUUCCUGGUUGAUAGACGUAGACGGGGGUUAUCGCUGCGCAAAAGUGGCUGGUCAGUACAAGUCACAGGUAAAACGCAUCAUGAAAGUUCUUUCAGAAGAUUUCCCUCAAGCAGCAAAUGAAAUAGAUCUUGUUACUGUCGAGGGGCAUGACGGAGUGGUAAUGUUGAGGAAGUGGUUGGGUCAACUAUCUGAGGAGUAUCAACCUGGAACCAUUAGAUCAUACCUAAUGAGCCUUAGGCUAUUCCUUAAAUUCCUUGUGCAAGAAGAGAAAGGGCAAGAUAGAUUAGACACACUUCAUGCAAGGAGAGAUCUUUUAACUUCGUGGUCAUCUGCUCAAAGAAAGAAGGUGCUGAAAAGGAAAUUAGAGAAACAUGACAUGGACUUUGCAAAACUCCUUUCUAGCGAAGAUCUAUAUAAAGUGUCAAAUGGACAACAGCGAAUAAACAUAAUUAAAGCGCUUGGAACAGCUGCGGAGAAAAGCAAAGCUUGUGGAGAACCUGUGCUGGUCAACGAUCAGACCUUUUGCGAAGUAAGGGAUUGGCUGAUUACAAGAUUAAUAAUUGACAACUCCGGAAGAAGUGGUAUUGCAGCAAAUAUAACAGUGGAGGAAUUCAAAGAUGCUAAACUGUACGCUGGAGAAGAAGAUGGAGAGAGAUACCGCGUAUCAGUUAAGAAUCACAAGACAGGAGGUGUUUAUGGGGCAGCCAUUGUAUGGUUUCAUGCUGAUGUUUACAAUCUGGUGAAUACGUAUAUCUCAAGGGUGAGGCCUAAGUACGUCAAAGAUGCCACAGAUAACAUGUUCGUUUCAACCAAUGGCGUUAAACUUACUUCAUCGCAAGUAUCCACGUGUCUGACUCGUACAUUUCAAAGGGAGGGUGUGAAGUUUCACGGUCGCAUCUCCGCAACCUUGAUAAGAAAAUCUCUGGCAUCAGGAGUGUGUCCAUUUGCCUGA